AUGUCGGAGACAUCGAUGAAGCAAAUAGCUUCAAACGUUGAGGUAAAGGUUCCUAAAACAGACGUUGGUGACAAAAUUAUCAAAUUAAAGAAACAAAAAGCAGCAGCUAAAACUGCAUUUACAAAAUGUAAGAACAAGUUGUAUAACUUGAUAGAACAAGUUGAUGUUCCUUCCCGUCGGGAGGUUAGAGAUGAAAUUGACAAGAACAGUGACAAUGAACAAGCCAUAAAUAAGAACGUGGUCACAGGAAAACAUGAGAAGAACGUCGAAUGUUUAGAUGACAAGUUGAAUGUGGUUGAAAGUUCUGGAGCACAUUAUGAUGUUCGCAGAAGAACGAACCCUGUCACAACACAAAAUGAGCUUGGUGUAGAUAUGUGGAAACAACUCAAAAGAGUGUCGAUACCCACAUUUAAUGGUGACAUUAAAAUGUAUGAGAAUUGGAAAGCAGCAUUUGUAGCUUGUGUGGACAUGGCGCCAGCCAUCCCCGAAUACAAACUAUUACAGUUAAGACAAUGUCUUACCGGAGAAGCAUUGAAAGUGAUAGCGAGUUUAGGUCAUAGUGCGGCUGCAUAUGACAUCGCAUUAGAACGUCUUGAACGCAAAUAUGGUGGCAAAAGACGUAACAUUGCUUUGAAGUUAGAAGAGAUUACAAAGUUCAAACCAAUUAGGGCAGGUAAUGCCAGGGACUUAGAGAAGUUUGCAGACUUGCUUGAUAUUUUAGUGGCAAACCUUAGAGAAUCAGACAAGUUAGAAGAGUUGGGUGAUGGGACCUUAUACUCACAAUUAUUAAAGAAAUUAACAGAAUCCAUGGUAAUACAAUAUCAGAGGUGGAUAUUUGAGACCCAGAGACAGGAAUCUGUUGAAGUCCUCAGGGAAUGGAUUCUGCAAGAGUCAGAGUUUCAGGUCAUUGCCAGUGAAGUCAUAAAUGGGUUUGCUGAAAAGCAGAGGUCACAUGAACGUAAAACAUCGGGUAAAAGUGGGACUUUCUUUGGCAAUAAAGAGAAUAAAAAGUCAAACGGGUCCAUGUCAAAUGUGUCCAGGGGCAAGUCAUGA